GAGAAGAGAAGAAAUGAGAGGAGCACAGAGGAGAGAAGAAAAUAGAAGAGAAGAGAGACGAAGAGAGGAGAGGAAAGGAAAGGAUAGGAAAGGAAAGGAAAGGAAAGGAAAGAUGAGGAGAGAAGAGACGAGGAGAGUAGAGGAAAGGAAAAAAGAGGAGAGAAGAGGAGAAGAGAGGAGAGAUGAGGAGAGGAGAGCAGAGCAGAGCAGAGGAAAGGGAUGGAGAGGAAAGGAAAUGAGAGGACCACAGAGGAGAGGAGAAGAGAGGAGAGGAAAGGAGAGGAGCACAGAGGAGGGUGGUGGAGAGGAGAAGAGAGGAGAGGGGGUAUGAGGAGAGGCAAAGAGAGGAGUGGAGCACAGAGCAGGGUGGUGGAGAACUGAGGAGUGGAGAGGACACGGAAGAGAGUCUGGAAGAGAGAAAGGAGUGGUGUGGAGUGGAGUGGAGAGAGAAAGGGGUCCAGGAGUAGAGAAAGAGAAGAGAGAAGAAGAGCAGAGGAUAGAGGUGAGAAGUGGAGGGAAACUGAGUAAGUUUGGAUUUGAGGAGGGCAGAUAAGAGAGGGAGGAGGGCACAGAGGAGAAAGUGAAAGGCAGGAGAGAGUAAAGGAGGGGAGAGGAGAGGAGAAUAUGGAGGAAGGCAGAGAGGAGAGGAGGGGAGGGCAGAUAGUUUGAAGGGAAGGAGAGGGAUAUGUGGAUGAGGCCAGAGAGAGUGACACAGAGGGACACAGAAGUCUUUUCUGUGAUGGAGUCACGGAUGUGCUUUCUUCAUGUUCCCUAUGUUUCUCUAUGGCACAGCCCCCCAAGGCAUGCCCAUGGCGACGGGUCUGCAUGUGAAUGUCCCAUGUGACCAUAACGAGUCAUAAUUUUGUGGUGAAAGAAGCUCCUCUCCAAGGAACGAAGAUGCAGAGAUUCAGCACUCAACAGGCAUUGGAAAUGAUCCUGGAUGGAGCUGACCCUGGCGAAUCGGAUGGAGAAGACAUCAAUCUCCAGGUGGAUUCAGACUCCGAGCUGUCUCAGUCUUCAGAUGAGGAGAGUGCUCCCCAACCAACAAAGAGAGCUCGGCUAGCGACUGAUGUGGCAGAGACUGCAAAAGAUGGCACAGUAUGGCAUGAAGAACAGGUGGGAACGGGUCCACAUUUCACCCCACCAACGCCAUACAGCGCAGAUGGAGAGCCAACCGCUAAGGCCAGGAGGUCAAUCACAAGUCGCCUUCAGAGCUUCCUUUGUUUCAUCACUCUGGACAUGCUUGGAAUCAUACGAGACUGUACAAUUCAACAUGCGAAGCAAACUGAGCAUGUGGAUUGGUUCAUGGGCAUACCUGAACUAAUGGCAUUUAUUUCCAUCACCAUCAUGAGGGGAAUCAUCAAGGUGCCAUCACUGCAUGACUGCUGGUCGAAAAACCUGGGAAACCCACACAUCAUCGAAACCAUGUCCCGAGGGCGUUUCAAAAACAUCAUGCAUCACCUGCGCUUUGAUGACAGAGACACCCGCAGCGAGCGAGUACAGACUGAUAGGUUUGCUGCAAUUUCAAACAUAUGGGGAUUGUUUGUCACCAACUGCAUCACAUCCUACAUCCCUGGUCAACACAUCACCAUUGACGAACAACUUUUCCCGUGCAAGACUCGCUGCUGUUUCCUACAGUACAUUGCAACUAAACCAGACAAGUUUUGUAUCAAGUUUUGGGUGGCGUGUGACUUGAAAACCAAAUACGUCUGCAACAUCCUCCCAUAUCUUGGCAAGGACCCCACUCGGCCUCGUGGGGAGAGAGUGUCUGAGAGUGUAGUCAUGAGGCUGAUGGAACCAUUCUUGGACAAGGGCAGAAAUGUUACCACAGACAAUUUCUUUACAUCACUGUCACUUGCAAAACAACUACUUAGCCGGAAUUCAACCAUCCUCGGCACAGUCAACAGGAUUCGCCAAGAAAUUCCACCAUCAACUCGACAGAUGCACCGCGAUGAAUUUACCACCCAGGUAUUUUCAUCCACUGGUGCCACACUGACUGUGUAUGCGCCCAAGCGGAAGAAGACAGUAUAUGUUCUCAGCAGCAUGCACAGCACGAUUCAGACACAGGAAACCGCCAAAAAGAAGCCAAACACCAUCACACUCUACAACACAACAAAGUGCGGCGUCGAUAUCAUGGACCAGAUGGUGCGGGAAUACACUGUCCGCGCAGGAACAAGGCGCUGGCCAAUAUCAGUGUUCUACAACAUGAUAGACAUUGCAGCACUGAAUGCCCACGUGCUCUAUCAAUUAUGCACUGGGAGAAAGGAAAGACGGGUGGAUUUCCUGUUUGAACUGGCAAGAGAGUUGGCUCACUCCCACGUGGGUAUGAAAAAGGUCCAAAAGGAGCAAUUGCUUCGGCAACAACCCUCCACACCACAAUUCGGACAAAGAGCCAAGUGUCAGGCUAAAAUCAAAUGCAAGGACAAUCGUGCAACUGUGCGCUGUGUUGGCUGUUAUAAAUAUACAUGUGGGAAAUGCAGAAAGGAGCAAUGGCUGUGCCAGAAUUGUGAGUGACUGCUCAAAUGUAUUUCACUCAUUUGCAUUCUUUGUAAAUAUGCUUUUUUCUUUGUAAAUAUAUUUUUUCUAUUU